AUGGCUCGGGCAGAUCUAGAAUGCCUCAAAGAUACGGUGAAUGUGCUAAUAAAUGCUCUAGGAGACACUGAUAACUCCGUAAAUAACAACAUAAUUAAGUCUAUUUCGAAAAUAGCCAACAAAUAUCCAAAUGAAGUCAUCGAAAUUAUUUGCGAAUUUUAUAAAAAUACUGUACGCAUUAAUGUGUCGCAAACUGGAAAUAUCGUUAAGGUGUUAGAGAGAACAUGUGUAAGUCAAGUCAAAAAGUUAAAACCAGAUGUGGCUGGAGAGCUGGUGAACUGCAUGUUAAAAGCUAUGACAGAGAACCCAUCUUACGAACCCACAGUCCAGAUGGGAGCGUCCGCCGUUUUAGUUGCUGUAGGACAUGAGUUUUUGGAUGUUGUCCUCCGUUCAUUGAUAAAUCACCUAUCGCCUGCAACGCUGCCCCAUUACACAAUAGCUCACACCCUGGGCACUCUAGCUAUGCUGAACACGAGGUCAAUGGUGCCGCAUAUCAAGGAGAUUCUUGGCAAAAUGCUUCCUCUACUGCCCUUAGUCCGGCAAGAUGGCGACAAACAAGCGUUUUCUUAUGCGUUCGGGCAUUUUGCUGUAGCUGUGGCCGAACAAAUAGGUGACAACGUGGAAAACGAUAAUAUAACGUCGAUAAAGGAAAAUUUUGUCACAGAAUUCUCGAUUGUAUUCGAUGUCCUAUACAACCAAUGGUUACCCUCGUACGAGCCUAAAGUAUCAGAAUCGGUGCUAGAGGCUUUAGGGCCCAUUACCAGGCUAAUUUCUGAGCGUCAGUUCAAUGAAACAGUCAACAAAUUCGUCCUAUCAUUGCUUUCUUUGUAUCGUAAACCAACAAUCAAUUUCUUCUGCAUCAGUCAAUGCAUAUCGUAUUUACUAGCACCCUCCCCUUUAAAUCCCAAAUUGUCCCUAAAUGACAAUGUAAUUAAUUCCAUAAAUCACGUCCUGUUCAGUUUGGUCCUUUUCGAACCGGAUUAUGACCAGCCUCACACGGUUAAAAACCAUUUUGAAGUGUUGCGCUGUUUCGAUCAUAUGGCAACACAGUACCCGGACCAAACUAUCGAAAUGUUGCUUCAUCUAUGUAAGAAUAACCAGGAAAAAGAAAGAAUGCGGUCCGUAGUUAUAUUGACGCAUUUGACGACGUCUUCACAAGUGUUUAUCGACAAUUUUGCGACUAAAUUUAUUACGAUUCUGAAAGUGAUGAUUGUAAUGGAGCAGGGGAUUAAGAUGAAGAAAACACUGGUGAAAGCGAUAGUCGCUUUAGUAUAUAGGAACUGUAUUAUGGCGACGGAAGAUUUUGCGAUGGUUGAAUUCAUAGUCAAACACUGCGGAUAUGAAGGUCCGGCGCAUGUAUCGAAAUUCGAAACUUUGGAUGUUCGCGAUACCUGCAAAAAUUCGCUUAUCCUUAUGUGCAAUACUGUAACAAGUGUACGGACGCAGUUACUUAAUCUUCUUCUAAAUGCUUUAACAGUAGAAGACUUCACCUCCUCUAUGUCUACAGUCAGCCAUUGCUUGACAUCGUUGUUGCAAAAUAAUUCCAAUAUUUCAGUAGAUGAACCAGUUGAAAGCGUCGUUGACGCCAAGUGCUCAUCCGACAUUAUAUUCGUCAGGUGUCUGAUGCACAUAGUCGAUCCCGAUGAAAAUGACAGGAACAAGAAUCUCCUAGUAUUCUUAGAAGAGUUUUCGGGUGACGUCCAUAAGAAUUUAAAAAACUCCUGGACGAUAGAAGUAGACCGUUUGCUAAAGUACGUAGAGAAGAACGAAUCGAGAGAACAGUGGCACGGUAUGUUGCUGGAUCUCUUAGUAUCUGCGGUUGAGCAGGUCAACAAUAAUAAAUGGGUAGAGAAAAUAUCUACGUUGGUCUCACAGCAGAUUUUAUCUAAGAAACAAUCCCCCAUGAUUAAGGGAGUUUCCUUGCAGUAUCUAGCAAUAUUAUCCUGUCACAUGUCGAAUGCAGCUGCCGUGGAAAAUGUUCUCAAAAUCAUCCUUCUAGCAUUAAAAGCUAUACCGAUGGAGAGCGUAGAGUAUGUCAGUACAGCCAUUGGCAUUGCAUCUAGGCAACACGGCGAAGCCGUAUUAAACGAAUUAGAUUCGCUUUACAAAGAUAAUGAGGCAAAACGUAGUAAUAAACUGCUGAACUUCCUGUCAUCAAGAGCGUCGAAAAACGAUGCAGAACUUUCAGUAGUUAAGUACGCCUUAAUAACGUGCUACGGGAAAGUCGCUAGAGAGUGCUUGGACGUUCAUGUACUGGCAAGAUUAGGAGAGAACGUCACUUCAAUUCUCUUUGAAAUUCUGAAAUCCAACCCAGGGUUUGAUCUCUGUAAAGCAAGUGUCACGACGCUCUAUGAGAUUAGUAAGGCUCUGCAUCCGGCGUCACAUCAUAACGUGACUUUGCGCAAUCGUUGGCAACUUUUGAACGCAGUCCUCGAACAAAUAUAUAACUCCAAUCUGGAAAAGAGAAAUGUAGAAUUAUAUCCUAUUAUAGUGAAGGCAUCCAAAGCUUUGACAAAGUUACAAAAAGGCAUUCUACCCGAGGAGAGGAAUAGAAUACUGCGCGUUCUCUUCAAUAGCAUUUUCGGAGAACUCUCUUCUUUCAAACGCAAGUAUGAGAUAGAAGGAUACGGUGACAAGAAUGAUCUCCUUGCGAAAACACUAAAUGACUCCUUGACUCUGCUACACGAAUUGAUUAAGGAGUUGAUAAUCCAAUCUACAUGUCUCAGUACUAUUGAUGACAUAAUAGGACUUCUUAUAGAAUGGGUCCGCAACGAAAACGACGAGAUCAGAACAGCGGCAGUUCUCAUACUCCAAGUAGUCUUCGACGCGUAUAUCAAAAACGUGAAGUUGAACUACGAAGCGCCCAGCAAGUUCGGACAAAUGGGUUACUUACUUGGUCUCAUAGUUCCAGGAGUGGCUGAUACUAACUUCCCGGUGCGGCUGACAACAGUAGACUGCAUUAAACUGAUAAUUCAAAUACAAGAUUUAUAUGAAGGGCAUACGAUUGAACCGGAAGACGAAUGCAUGAAUAACUUGGCUCACCUACAGAACAAUAUUUUGACUAAUGAUUUAUAUAUGAUUAGCGAUUACUGUAUGAGGUUGUGCGAUACGAUUUCGCCCAAGAUACCUCAUUUGCAUACGAUGCAAUUUAUUGAGAGUCUAUUGGAAAGUUACGACGACCACGAGUUCAGGAGUAUCGGAAUAAGUUCUAUUCUCGACGCGUUCUUUGUGAAGAAAGGGCAAGAUCUAUACCAAACGAUUGAGCGGAUAGUGGAAGUUAUGUUGGCUACGAUGGAGGUCGUUCCGAACGACGCUAGAACGAGGUUGAUGCGGCCUCUCAUGUCUUUGACCAGGCAUCACUCGAAUGCGGUCACUGCCGUACUAUUGGCGCAGAGGAUACCGUUAAGACCUUGUGUAAUAAGCUGUUGGCGCCAUCUAGCGAGAGACGAGGGCCUAUCAGUUUCUAUUUUGGACAAUUUCCUUCGACUGAUGACAUCUAUCGAAUUAUACGAAGAUCCUUACCACAUAACCGAACAUCACAUUGCCGCUCUUCAGCCUAUGACAUUGAUAAGUGCUCUAGGAGAAAUGUUACAAGAAGAAUCAAUGCGUUCCAUCUGUAUGAACAAAUUCUCGGACCUUUUCGCCGUUCUCUAUACGACAUUGGCUUGCUAUGUAGAAGCAGAACCUCCAGCCUACGUCGUUCCAACGAAUAAGGGCCAAGAGAGGUUCGGCUUCAUACCAAACAGAGAAGCCAUAAAACUCUCCCCGGCUAAAAUAACAGUGAACACAUUUAACGCGUUCUUGGAGAGAGCUGAUUGUUAUAAGGUGAAAGAAGCUUGUUCAUUAUGCCUUAGCAUAGAACAUGGAGAUAGUUCUAGUACAAUACUAGAACUGGCCCCGAUAUUAGGCAGCUCCAUCAGCCGAUCGUGUCCGGCUCAUCUGUCGAAGCUGGUAUCCAAGCUGAGCGGGUAUUGUCGCUCGGCCUUACCACCGCAACGGUGCGCCGUUCUGGCUUUAAUGGCAGAUCUAUUAAACUAUCGUUGUAAUGACAACGUAGUACUCAUCGAAACGGUGCUGGCGAACCUCAACUCGGGGUGGAAGGACGAAGACCCUCGGGUGCGUUCAGCCUGUCUUCGGGGUGCAGCCAACAUUAGCCAGCUCAAUCGAGAGCAGCGCAUCACCGCUCUUCCUUCAGUCCUAGCAGCGUUAAGCCAAGGGGUAGAUGCUCAGAAACUACCGUCACCAGUAGACAACAUCCCUCUCGCAUCCAUCCAAGGUCUAAGCCGUCUACUCACGGAAACAGACAAAAUUGACAAGGAAUUCGAUAGGGAACUCUUGGCAAUAUCGCAGAAGAUCAGACCCUUCAUGAAUACUGAGUGUAGCCAACUGAGAGAGAACUCCAUUCGCCUCUUUGGUAUAAUCGCGGAGAGAGUCCAAUCGGAAGGUCUAAUGGAGCAAGCUGUUAGUUCAUUACCUUGUUUCCUGUUGCAUUUAUGUGACAGCAAUCCCGCUGUUGUCAGGGCUUGUAAAUCUACCCUCAGGCAGCUAUUCAAAACUUUCAACGUCCGUAAAUCAAACGAUUUCAUUCAAACCCAUCUCUUAGAUGAAGGAAGGUUGUAUUUGGAUGAAUUUCUUUGUGCCCUUUUGAGGCAGCUAGCCGACGAAAUGCCGAGUGCUGUAGUCAAGUGUCUACAUACUGCUGUUAAUUAUUUACAUACGGCAAGGGAAGAUUUAAAACCAUUCGCUCCCCUUUUAGUUGGAUAUCUCUACGCAGACUUAUACCGCAUACAGCCUCAACACUCCGACGAGACAAGCCUAGACCCAGACAUCACUCGCACAGCGCGAACUCGCCUUCUCCAGCUGAUCAAGGACGCAAAUCCACUCGUGAGACAGAAUUCAGCGUUCGCCCUAGCGAAUAUAUGCCUUAUUUGUACAGCAAUAUGA